UUCUUCAUUUGUCCACUGAGCUGUGAACAUGGACACACACUUACUCACACUCUGCUUAUUAAUGCUGCUGAACUUCUCCACAUACAGCGGGUUCCUGAUCAGACACACGCGUGAACGUCUGUGUAUAACGGUUGAGAGCAGAGGGGUUGUAGUUCUGAGGAUCUGUGACAUGAAGAACCCAUCUCAGGACUGGACCUGGACUGUGGACAGAAAGCUGAAACACACCCACACGGCCAUGUGUUUAUGGGUGAACCACAGUAUGGGCGUGCCCUCUCACACCCGCCUGGUGAAGACACGCCCCUGUAACAUCGCCCCAGCAUGGAAGUGUUAUGAUGAGUACGGGACCUUUGGGCUGGAGAUGUUGCCUCUAUACCUGCAGAAACAGGGCGAACGGGCUGUGGUCCGGUCUGAACCCAAACACUCCAACUGGACCCAGUACACAGAGCACAAAGUGGAGCUGACACACCUGUGCUCCCACACAGGUACAGUGUAUUCAGGUCCUUCAACAGCUGCUAAAACCACAGGAGUGAUAACAACAGUGAGGAUCCCUGUUACAUCUCACAACACAGUUAGAACCAGAACAAAAAGGACUGGCACUACUGGUACCUUUAAUAAAGACAAACUGACUCACACAGUUGAGUCAAAACUUCUCCAUAUGGAGAAACAGGAAGCCAUCUCUGUCACACAGCUCCCGUCUAAACUGAGAAAUGUGAUGAGUAAUGUCAUGGCCAUUUCAAAGUUCCUGCAGGACACACGCCAGAGCACCGAGACGACCUUCCGGUUUAUACAUAAUCCCACUGAAGGGCACAAUACGGCAACAUCAUUUCCUACAGUGGCUCAAACUAUACACUACAAAUCUCCAACUGCACUGAACUCCUCUAACUCCUCCUCCAACUCGUGCUCCAACUCCUCCAACUCAUCCUCCAACUCCUCUAACUCCUCCUCCACUGCUUCUCUCUUCUCAACAUCAAUAACUAAAACUUCAGAACAAAAGUUUUCAGCAGCUGAGACUCAGACUGACAUCGAACCUGUACAACACAUGACAAUACGGUCACAUAUUACAGGAACCCCACAGUCAGUAACGUCUAGUGCAGUGCUAAACAAAACUAAGACAUCAAGCAUGAUGACUGCAACCACAACUGCCCCCAAAGUGACCAUAACUGCUCCUACAGUGACUGAAGCACUGAGCGAAACCACAUUUACUGCAGCUCCUACAUCAGCUACAACUCAACACACAACUGCAGCUUCUCAAACAACAGCUGCCUCUGUACCCCACAUUAUUACUACAUUUACAACUGCCCCUGUGAUUACAGCAGCUCCAACCAUAACUGGACUUGUACCUAAAUCUAUUUGGGUAACUAAUUCUAAAAGGGUAACUACACCCAGGCCUGUAACUACAGCUACUGGAGCAACUGUAACAUCCUCUAUUAUUACUGCAACUCCAAAUACAACUACCCCUGUAACUGUUUUAGCUCCAACCAUAACUGCCCCUAUAACUACAGCUAGCAGAGCAACUAGUCCUGUAACCAAAGCCCCCAGGUCCACCACAAUUACCCCUAUUAAUAAAGCAAGAAAGAUAACUACAUCUAUCCCUGCAACCUUAACCACAAUUGCCUCAAUAACUACAACUACUGAGACAACUACAACUGCCCCAAUAACUACAACUACUAAAGCAAUCACAACUGUCCCAAUAACUACAAUGAUUGAGGCAACUACAACUGCCCCAAUAACUAUAACUACUGAGGCAACUACAACUGCCCCAAUAACUACAACUACUAAGGCAACUACAACUGCUCCAAUAUCUACAACUACAGAGGCAACUACAACUGCCCCAAUAACUACAACUACUAAGGCAACUACAACUGCUCCAAUAUCUACAACUACAGAGGCAACUACAACUGCCCCAAUAACUACAACUACUAAGGCAACUACAACUGCUCCAAUAUCUACAACUACAGAGGCAACUACAACUGCCCCAAUAACUACAACUACUGAGGCAACUACAAGUGCCCCAAUAACUCCAACUACAGAGGCAACUACAACUUCCCCAAUAAUGACAACUCUUGAGGCAACUACAACUGCCCCAAUAACUACAACUGCUCGAGCAACAAAGACUAGAAUGGCAACUACAGAUGCAACCAUGACUUCUGAGAGUCUAACUACAGAACCUCUGACAACAAAAACAACCACUCCAACUACCAUGACAGCAUCCACCACCCCAACGACCCCUCAGUUGGAGACCACUGAGGAAGCUGUCAGGUGUGUGGUGAACCAAACUGAAGCCAUCAUUAGCACAAACUCCUCUGUGAUUAACUUCAAUUCAGCAGGACAGUUGUGUGUUUUCACUCUGAUCAACCGUGAAACAGGAGCUCAGUUAUCCAACUGCUCUCAGAUCCAAACCCACAGCAACAGAUUUACCUGUGAGACAUCAGAUCUCAAACCUGGCACUGUUUAUUAUUUUGGAAUAAUUUCCCAAACCGAUGGAGAACAUUUCAACAUUUCACUUCAGACCGAUCCAGUUCAGCCCACAGGCCUUGAGAUUACUCCAGAUUAUUCCCUCAGUCCUGGAUUGUGGAUAAAGUGGCAUCGAUCUCCAGGGCAUGUUGAGUGGUAUGAGUUGGUACUUUCAGCCUCAGGGACGGAUUUCAUGAAGAAGAUUUCAGGCAAUGCUGUGACACGCACAAGCUUUACCAACCUCAUCCCAGGAACACGCUACACACUCCGCCUAGUGGCCAAAUCUGGGAACAAGACAUCUCUGGAUGCUACAGGGAAUGCAGUGAUAGCUCCAUCAGCAGUAAGCAGUCUGAGUGUCUCCGCCUCCUCCACCAGCAUCAGAGUUUCCUGGCAGCCAGGACCUGGACGCAGAGAGGCAUUCUGGGUAACACUGAGUCGUGAAGAUGCACUGAUCCAAAACUUGAUGUUUGAAAGCACUGUGACAUCAUGCACUUUGGAUGGCCUUAAUCCAGGAACGCUGUAUGUGGUCACUGUGAUAACGAAAGCAGUUGGGAAACAACAACAUGCAAUAAAAGACAUUCGGACAGUUCCUGCGCCUGUAACCGAGCUAAAACUGGAGAACAACGGCAGUGAGGACUCAUUAAACACCUCCUGGACUCCUGCAGAAGGAGAAGUGGAUGAAUAUGUGAUCUUCUUAACUUCCUCUUCCUCCUCCACUGAACAGGAAGCUGUGCUCCUCCCCAACACAUCCCAUUGGGUCUUCAGGAGACUGACACCUGGACGGGCCUAUCAGGUGUCAGUGAGGACUAAGAGUGGAGAACUCAGCACUGAGGCUACAGCUGCAGGUAGAACAGUUCCUGCGCCUGUAACCGAGCUAAAACUGGAGAACGACGGCAGUGAGGACUCAUUAAACACUUCCUGGACUCCUGCAGAAGGAGAAGUGGAUGAAUAUGUGAUCUUCUUAACUUCCUCUUCCUCCUCCACUGAACAGGAAGCUGUGCUCCUCCCCAACACAUCCCAUUGGGUCUUCAGGAGACUGACACCUGGACGGUCUUAUCAGGUGUCAGUGAGGACUAAGAGUGGAGAACUCAGCACUGAGGCUACAGCUCCAGGUAGAACAGUUCCUGCGCCUGUAACCGAGCUAAAACUGGAGAACGACGGCAGUGAGGACUCAUUAAACACCUCCUGGACUCCUGCAGAAGGAGAAGUGGAUGAAUAUGUGAUCUUCUUAACUUCCUCUUCCUCCUCCACUGAACAGGAAGCUGUGCUCCUCCCCAACACAUCCCAUUGGGUCUUCAGGAGACUGACACCUGGACGGUCUUAUCAGGUGUCAGUGAGGACUAAGAGUGGAGAACUCAGCACUGAGGCUACAGCUGCAGGUAGAACAGUUCCUGCUCCUGUAACCGAGCUAAAACUGGAGAACGACGGCAGUAAGGACUCAUUAAACACCUCCUGGACUCCUGCAGAAGGAGAAGCAGAUGAAUAUGUGAUCUCCUUAACUUCCUCUUCCUCUUCCACUGAACAGGAAGCUGUGCUCCUCCCCAACAUGUCCCACUGGCUCUUCAGGAGACUGACACCUGGACGGGCCUAUCAGGUGUCAGUGAGGACUAAGAGUGGAGAACUCAGCACUGAGGCUAAAGCUUCAGGUAGAACAGUUCCUGCUCCUGUAACCGAGCUAAAACUGGAGAAUGACGGCAGUGAGGACUCAUUAAACGCCUCCUGGACUCCUGCAGAAGGAGAAGUGGAUGAAUAUGUGAUCUUCUUAACUUCCUCUUCCUCCUCCACUGAACAGGAAGCUGUGCUCCUCCCCAACACGUCCCACUGGCUCUUCAGGAGACUGACACCUGGACGGGCCUAUCAGGUGUCAGUGAGGACUAAGAGUGGAGAACUCAGCACUGAGGCUAAAGCUUCAGGUAGAACAGUUCCUGCUCCUGUAACCAAGCUAAAAUUGGACAACGAUGGCAGUGAGGACUCAUUAAACACCUCCUGGACUCCUGCAGAAGGAGAAGUGGAUGAAUAUGUGAUCUCCUUAACUUCCUCUUCCUCCUCCACUGAACAGGAAGCUUUGCUCCUCCCCAACAUGUCCCACUGGCUCUUCAGGAGACUGACACCUGGACGGGCCUAUCAGGUGUCAGUGAGGACUAAGAGUGGAGAACUCAGCACUGAGACUACAGCUGCAGGUCGAACAGCUCCUGGGCAUGUUCAGAGGCUUCUUGUCCAUCAUAAUGAGGAGUCAUCAGUGGGCGUUCAGUGGCGCCCCCCGCUGGGAGAAUGGGAGGAAUAUUCUGUCUAUCUUACAGAUGUAGGAAGAGGCAUGAAUAAAAGACAGAGACUAAGCAGAGAUAUAACUGAGUGCAGCUUUCAUGACCUCACACCUGGAAAAGAGUAUAAUAUCACCGUGGUAACGUACAGUGGAGACCUGAACAGUUCCACCUCCAUCACCACCCACACCAUUCCGGCUGGCGUCACACAGCUGAGUGUCAAUAACGAGGGCAAAACUGAUUCUCUGCGUGUGAGCUGGACUAAAGCAGAAGGAGAUGUUGACUCAUACCGCAUGCUGCUUAUCCAGAACAGCAUUGUGAUCAGAAAUGAGAGUGUGAUAUCACAGCAGACAUCACACAGCUUCUACAAGCUGAGGAGCGGCACCCCCUACAGGGUGGUGGUGAUCAGCAUGAAGAAUGGUGCGGAGUCCAAACAGAGAGUGUCUGAGGGGUGCACAGUGCCUGCAGCGGUGGGUGGAGUCUCAGUCAGUAAUAACGGUCGGCAGGAUUUCCUCAGUGUGUGGUGGAGGCCAGCACAGGGGGAAGUGGACAAAUACACAGUCACACUCAGUCACCAUGGCAACAUCAUACACACACACACUGUGCCCAAGUCCAGCUCCGAAUGUGUGUUCAAUUCAUUGGUGUCUGGCCGCCUGUACAACAUUAGCGUCAACACACACAGUGGGGUAUUCACCAACUGCACAGUGGUGCAGGAGAGAACACAACCAUCUCCCGUGCUGACUCCGUGUGUUACACACAUGGCACGUGAUGACUCUUUGAAGGUGUACUGGCGACGUCCUGCUGGAGAUUUUGACUUUUACCAAAUUGUUGUUAAACACAACAAUGUGAUCCAACACAACACCACAGUCACACAGUCCCAGGAUGAGUGUGUGUUCACUGAUCUUGUCCCGGGACGACUGUACACUGUCAUCAUCAGCACUUGGAGUGGCAAGUAUGAGGCUAGUGUGUCCACUCACGGGAGAACACUCCCUGGCGGUGUACGUAACCUGACAUUGUUGUCUCAGGGGACACAGGAGCUGGGUGUGGCAUGGGCACCAGCUGUAGGAGAUGUGGAUCAUUAUGAGGUUCAGAUUGUGUUUAAUGAUAUGAAGGUGUUUCACCCAGUCACUCUGAGCAGCACUACAACUCAGCAUGUCCUCUCACUGCUCACACCUGGACGCCUCUACAAGAUCAUCGUGUCUACCUUCAGUGGCCCCAAUCUUAGUACACGCUUCAUUGAAGGGAGGACAGUCCCGAGUAAUGUGAAGAACAUCCACGUCAGUAAUGUAGAGGAGACAUCAGGUCUGCGUGUGAGCUGGACUCCAUCUCAGGGUGAUGUGGACAGUUACUGUGUGUUUCUGAAUGGCUCAGGCAGAGUCCUGGAGACACGCCCCACCCCGAAACAUGUUAAUGACAUCACCUUCAGCUCACUACAGCCUGGAGAAAUAUACAGCAUCCGAGUGCAGUCUAUCAGCGGGAAUUUACACAAUGACACCAUUGUCACAGCACGUACAGUGCCUUCCCCAGUGGCGUCAUUGCAGGUGGACAGUGGUGUGAAUCUGAGCAGUGUGUGUGUGAGGUGGUGUGCCGGGAAAGGUGUGUAUGAUGGGUUCAGUGUGUUGCUGCAGGAUGAGAGAGGGUCAGUAUUGAGGAAUGACACGCUGCCAGUUGGUUCACUGCAGCACGAGUUCACCCAGCUCACUCCAGGCAGGAAGUACUGCAUCCUCAUAUACACCCUGAGUGGGGGGUUACAGAGCAGGGUGGCCAUCACAUACACACGCACACUCCCAGCACCGGUCACCGGUCUGUCCAUCCUGAGCUGCUCAUCCUCAUCCCUGUCUCUUGGCUGGUCUCGUCCUUUGGGGGAUUUUGACAGCUUUGAGGUUUACCUCUACAGAGGUGACAGUUCUUUGCAGGAGAAGUGCAGUGGAGGACCAAACAUGAUGAGCUGCUCCUUCUCUCACCUGACACCUGGAACUCAGUACAGAGCCACAGUUCUGACAAAGAGCAUAGAACUCAGCAACGAAAUCUCCAUCCAUAUCCGCACAGUGCCAGCAGCUGUGUCCUCAGUGUGUGUGGAGAGCAGGAACAGGACAGAUACUCUGUAUGUGAGCUGGAAACUUGCUGAAGGUGAAGUGAGUGGAUACACAGUGACUCUGUAUGACUUGAAUCAAUCCCAGCAUUCCCUGCAGCAUCUGAGUUCUGACAUCACACAGCUGGAGUUCCAUGGCCUUGUACCUGGACGCCUCUACAUUACUAACAUCACUACUCACAGCGCUAACCUCUCCAACGUAGCUACCUCCAUCGGCAGGACUGCUCCAAAGCCGCCAUCAUUGUUCUUUUAUGGGGGCGUGAUCAAUGCAUCAGUGGAGGUGAAGUGGGCGGGGCCAGAUGGAUCAGAUUAUGAUUCUUUUGAUCUGCAGUGGUCUCCGGGUGACACCCUCUCAGUGAUUAACCCGCAUCAAAGCACCACAUCACACAGCCGCCUGCUGAAGGGCUUGUACCCGGGACGACUAUACAAACUCCGCCUCCGCACUGUCAGCCACACAGGAGGACACAUGACCUACAGCCAACAUAUCUAUUUAAACAUCCGCACCAAGCCUCAGCGGAUCCUGAGUCUGCACUGUCGGCCGUUGAACUCGUCGGCAAUCUUGUGUUCAUGGAGCCCCCCACAGGCUGAUUUUGACUCAUAUCAGGUGGAGUGUUUCCGUCAGGACUCGGGUGUGAUGGUGAACUCCAGCCGAAUGCCGCGCAACUCCACGCUGUAUUACAUCACAAACCUUGAGCCUCACAAACGCUACAGCAUCUCCAUUAAAGUCAUCUCUGAGAACAUGGCCAGCGAUGCAGCUGAGAACAGCACCAACACCACGAUCGACCGCCCCCCUCUGCCCCCCCUCUCCAUCCGGGUCAGUAAGAGCACCGCCCAUAUCACCAAAUCCUCCAUCUUCUUCCAUUUUAACUGCAGCUGGUUCAGUGACGCUAACGGAGCCGUGCAGUACUUCAGCAUCAUCGUAACAGAGUCUGACAAGAGUGAAGAUGUUCAGCCAGAACAACGUCACCCACUGCCCUCAUACAGGGAUUACAUCAAUAACACUUUAGUGAAGGUGUAUCAGACAGGAUAUUUCCCCAGCCACUGUGACGAUGGACUCAGCGGCUCCGCACACACUUUCAGCAUCACACUGGGCUCAGGCAUGGACACACUCGGGGGGAAGUGUGAGACAGUUGGCACAGACACAAGGCGCAGUGUGUACUGUGACGGCCCUCUGAAGCCCAACACUGCCUACAGACUCAGUGUGCGAGCGUUCACACAGCUGAACUCCUCAUCUCCUCUCUUUAGAGAUACCUUCCUCUCACUACCUUUAAGCACAGACACAGAGCCUCUAGGAGGUGUGAUUGAGGGAGUAAGUGCUGGGCUCUUCCUCAUCAUCUCAGUGGUGGGAAUCAUCAUCAUCCUCAUCUACAGACACAAAACACACAAAGUUGUACAGGAGCCAAUGGUGCGGAUGAGUGUAAGAAGAGAAAGAACAACAUCAAUCUCAAGAAUCAGAGGAAAUCGACACAUCUCAAGUCCGAUUAACAUCUUAAACUUCGAGGCUCAUCUCAUGAAACUUCAGGCCGACUCUAACUACCUGCUGUCUCAGGAAUACGAGGAUCUGAAGGAAGUGGGUCGGAACCAGCCUCUGGACACAGCAUUACUGCCAGAAAACCGAGGAAAAAACCGCUACAACAACAUCCUCCCAUAUGAUUCGACUCGAGUGAAACUGUCCUGUGUGGAUGAUGAUCCAAGUUCAGACUACAUCAACGCCAGCUACAUUCCUGGGAAUAAUUUCAGGCGUGAGUACAUCGCCACACAGGGACCACUUCCUGGCACUAAAGAUGAUUUCUGGAAAAUGGUGUGGGAGCAGAACGUGCACAACAUUGUCAUGGUGACGCAGUGUGUGGAGAAAGGACGGGUGAAAUGUGACCACUACUGGCCAUUUGAUCAAGAUCCACUCUAUUAUGGAGAUCUGAUUGUGCGGAUGCAGUCUGAAUCAGUUCUCCCAGAGUGGACCAUCAGGGAGUUCAAGAUCUGCAGUGAGGAUCAGCUGAAUUACUCUAAAACUGUUCGUCAGUUCCAUUACACAGUGUGGCCCGAUCAUGGAGUUCCUGAAAGCACUCAGUCUCUGGUGCAAUUUGUUCGUACUGUGAGAGAUUACAUCAACAGAACCCUGGGUUCUGGACCUACAGUCAUCCACUGCAGUGCCGGAGUGGGCCGUACUGGAACCUUUAUUGUUCUGGACCGGGUUCUGCAGCAGCUAAACACAAAAGACACAGUGGACAUUUAUGGUGCUGUGUUUGACCUGAGACUGCAUCGCUCACACAUGGUGCAGACUGAGAGUCAGUACACGUACCUGCACCAGUGUGUACGUGAUGUUCUUCGUGCGAGAAAGUUACGUAGUGAGCAGGAGAACCUCCUGUAUCCUGUCUACGAGAACGUGGCUCCAGAGCACCACUGGGGGCGAGCAGCGCCUGGUGCUGGCUCCGUUGGGCCGUGGUGAGGGCGUGGAUCAGGUCGGCGAAGGUGGAGGACUCCAUGGGGCUGUUCUCUUCUGUGCUCAUUCCUGGGUUUCGGCACCACUGUGGCAGUUCGUGUAAGUGGGUGGAGCACAGAAGGACGGCAGGACAGAACUGAGUUCACAAAAACUCUCUUUAUUCAGCUUUUCAGCCUAUCUCUAUACUCUCAGACACAUGCACACACAUCAGUAGUCUAGUUGUGGAGAGAGCUCCCUCUGCUCUUGCUCUCUCUCCUUAAAUAGGGCGCGGUCACUGGGAAGACACACAAACACAUUAAUCAACAACAGGUGUAGUGAUACUGCCACUUACCUUCCCUGACUCCGCCCUCCUGUCACAGACCGGCGCUUGACCACACCCCCGCUGCCACACUGACAAACCUGAACAUUUCUCUGCAUGCCCACACAUCAGUACAUACCUAUGCAUUCAUGGACUUUUCAGUUCUGCACAUUUACGCUCUUUGAUCUUCACAUACAUGGACGACUCACUCUUGCACUACAUUUACACUCCUUGGACUUUUUCUCCUACCCUGUGGACUGUACAUAUGCACAGCAUGGACUUUGAGGGGAUUCUUGCGAAUUGUUCUUCGAAUUGAAAAAAAAGGGGGGGGGGGCAUUCCAUAUGUAUGGACAUUGAAUGGAAUACUAUGCUAUAAUUGAUGUUGAUGACUGAUGUAUGUAUCAUGGUAAAGAAGCAUCAGAUAAGCUAUAAUAAGUUUAUUUGACAGUGCAUUAUGGCUCCAUUGUAUAUUUUUGUUGGUAAUUGUCCUGCCAUAGCUUUGACAAUUAGGGGCCAGGAUGUUGGAGCCACAUUUUGGAAUCUUGAAGUUGAUCUAAAAACCUGCAAGAGUUUAAAUUACAUUAUUAUUAUUAUUAAAUUGCAUUGUUAUAAUUUUAAGUUAUGAAAUAUGUUAAUUUAUUUACCUUUGAUCUAGCCUGCAGCUCUUGUACUUACCUGUUAUGUGUGACGUGAACACGUAGCUCCUCAGACAUGCGGCACUAAGGCACGAAUGUGCAGGUGUUAAUUUGUUGGUUUGAUCUGGUGUACGGCAGGUUAGGUGGCAGAGAGGAAACAGUUUUCUGACCGCAUAAGUUUUCAGAUAAGUAUUCGCUUUAUUGUUUAGUACCAUUUUAUUUUAUAGCCUUUGUUUCACUUCUGAAAAGUCAACUGGAUUGUUGAUGGAAUAAAUCUACGCCGUAUGAUUUUAAUUUCAAUUCUCUGUGCGUGCUUUAUCUGGAAUGUGUGUCGGGAGACUCCCCAUCCACCUCAUGUGGCUUUAGGAAAGUUUUGGAUUAAGAUAGCCGCUACAAAAGGGUUCACAAAUUUCACGCACUACUGUGUAUAUGUGUGAUGUGUGUAUUUCAGGAUUCAGAAUCAUAAAGAAUAAUCCAAAAAUAAAUAAAAUAAAAUUAAUCUGUACACUUCGUAUAUU